AUGGGUGUGGCGUCCGUCCAUUUGCCGGCAUUCAAGGCUUUGGAGCCCCGCCACUCGGAGGCGCUGGCUCCGAGGGGCGUCCUUCGGUCGCUGCUGGCGGCGCCGAAGCCGGCGCGUGGCAUCUAUCCGCAUGCCGGCAGCCGACACGCACUGACCGGCCCGGGGCCGCUCGACACCCCGGGGCGGGCGCUCUUCCUCGUGGCGGCCAAUGUAGCCCUGCUGGCGCACAAUGGCAUCCGGCUGCCGCUUGCGUCCGGUCAAUCGGGCUGCACCUCGGGCCGGGUGUACUGGUGCCGGGCCGGGGUGGACGAGGGCACGGCCUUCCAGCGGCGGGGGAUCCGGGUGUACCUGCCCACCUGGGCCGGGCCGGUGGGCCUGCCAUGUGGGGGUUCGCUCCUUGGAGGCGCGUGCGGCACACGGUCCGACCCCCGGGGCCCGUGGGCGGCUCGCAUCGCGCGCCUGGGUGCACGCGCCGGCCGCCGACCGAUGGACCCGAUGAGGAUGGCCACCGACCCGGGCCACGAUGCAGCCCGGGGCCGCGUCGCCGCCGGUGCGAUGCUCCCGUCCGCGCGCGCGGCCCAGGUGGCCGUGCCCAUGAAAACCAUCCAGAUGGGGCUGGGCUUCACCCUGGCUGGCCGCCGACGACCGCCUGCGCUGCCCGGGCGUGACCCCUGCCCAGGGGCGGCAUGUGUGGGCCGAAGUGCGCGAACAGCUUGGCGGGGCCUCCUCGGCAUGCGGCUCGGUGCCGAUGCGCCGCGGACAUUGGCCGGCAAGUGCGCUUCGGCUUGCUGGGCGCCCUCUUCGCCCAUGGGAACCGGCUGCCUCGGCCGCGGGCCGGGCAUCUGGUGGUGGCGGAGUUCGACCGUGCGCGCGCGCCAUGCCGGCCGGAUGUCGGACCUGCCGGUGGAGGCGCGCCCGGAGCUGGCCAUCGUCCGCGGGGUGGUGCCCCGGGUGAACCCGGUCGAUGGGCCCGGGCAACUGCUUGGCAUGACGCGGCCGCUGCCCACAGUCUCCCUCUUCCGGCAGGGCAUGGCGCUGGCGCGGCCCUUCCGUGGGAAUGGCCACCUGCUGCAGCCGACCCGUGAUGGGCGACGCCAGCGGGGCACUGACUCGCCCGAUGUCCGGGAGGCCGAUCAGCGAGGUCCAGCUCCGAGAAGCCGGGUGGACGCCAACGCCGGGACCGGCAGGCGGGAGGGCGCGGCCGGGCACGCCAGCGACACGCCCUCCCUGGGCAGCUCGAGCACCCAGCCGGCGGGGCCUGCCUUCGCCCGGGCGCUGGGCACCGGCCGCGGUAUGGACCGGUGCUUGGAGCCGGCCGUCCGCCCGGGCGAGGACCACUGCCAGGGGCUGGUCGACGGCCAGUGGGUCAUCGAGGGGGGGGGGGCCGCGGCCGGGUCUGGCCAUCGGCCAUCGGACCGUCACCCGUGA